UGUGGAGUUGUCGAAAACGCAGAUUCGAAAACAGUAGGCGAUGAUACAACGCAUUCAAAAAAAUGGCUGGCAUCCGCAAACUGAAGUCACGAAAAAUAGCAAAGUAGAAAGUAGUGGUGUGAUGAUCGUAGGUAGAUGAACAACACGUACUCGUACUUCUCGGUGUAUUGUAGGAUAUAUUCAGUGUGUUUGCCGAAAAGCUCUUAUUUCGAUUUUUUACUGCUGAUAGACAUAGACUGCGGUUGAAACCUUUUUGGUCCUUGAAACUUCGCAACCACAAUGUGCCAGUUCGAGCCGGUUAGACGGCGCUCAACUUUUUGAAAAAAUGUCGUCGUCCGAGUCGGACUGCGAAGAUGUCGAGCAGCCUCUGGCCAGGCAGGCCAGCUGUGGUGCUUCCAUGGGCAAGGCAGCUCGUGGAGGAGACAAACUUUACCGAGCUAUGCCGGAGUAUAGAUCGACCAGGCGAGAUGAUCAGAAAGAGUUUACCUUGAACGUGUAUACCAUCCGUGAAAACACCGAAGAAAGUGUACGGCGCAAGUUUGCCUUGGACGUCUUAGGGAUCACCGCGGGCAUGUUGGGUCUAACCUUUCUCGUGUGCGCAGCGUUCAAAAUCGCGAUGGGCAUCAUCCUGUACAUGAUUGCGAGAAAGGGGCCGCCUGACUUGUUAUGGAACUGAGAAAUUCGAGAUUCGAAAUGGUGCCAUGUGUUUGAGAAACGCCGAUGUAGGCGGAGUAAUAUGAACUCCACGGAAUUCAGUAAAGGAGAGGUACAGAAUGAAUCCAUAAACUUGUUCCUCCAUCUUCUAAGCAAGAUCAGCCGUUCCAGCAGUAACCAACUGGACCGAUGGCAGCAGAGUUUUUUCCUUCCCGCUGAUUUCAGAGACCGGAUUGACACCGAGACGUACAGGUAUCUAUAUUAACUGUUUAUUUAUUCUGCAGCUCCUAAUCCUAUCCCUAUCUGCCCACAUGCCCAGUUACCGAUACCUAACCCUAUCGGUCGUAGCUGUAGUUGACCGAAAGAAUGUUCUUCCUGGUUCUUGCCAAGAAAGAACUAGUUUCGGAGGUAAUCUAUCAACAAAUGAGUUUGUUGAGACUAUUGUACUUGGCAUUUUCUUGCCAAAUUCAUCAGGGAGAUGGAGGACGCCUACUGGAAAGCUAAAUGUGUUGUGGCGAUAUUGGGCAUUAUCGGAGGCAUUUACUCAAUCUUCAUGCUGAUUUUCGUAAUGUGCUGUUUCCGAAACGUUCUCCGCUCAUCGCCAGCGAAUAAGAUUCUCACAGCCACACUCGGCAUUAUGUACUUAUGGCACAAGGAAGAUACACCUCCUGUGCCGGGAAAACAGUUUGUGGUAUUGAUGCCCCCUCAGUAGUGGCCCAUGCUAGUGCAUCUUGAACUCUCUUACCAAGGUCAUUGAGUUUAUUGAGAGAGACGGCUGGAGACGCAGCAAGCUAAUCUACCUUCACCAGUUUGACUGAUCGUGAUCAUCCGCUUCGCUAGUUCGAACCUCCCCUUUCAUCAUCGGGCUUCGUAGUGAACGUCGCAGUGUUUUUCACUCCGACCAGUGACGUUUCGAGUGCUGUCGCAGGGACGGGGCUCAUCGUUGUAAGCCUGUGGUUUGUGGCGAGGUACCUUUCCGUAGACGUUACAGGAUGUCGCUUCUGGGUGUGGCUUUGUGGAAAGCUUGUCAUCAUGCUAAUCGUACUCGCGUUUUUGCCACUCUUAUGGACAGUUGAUUGAGUAUCUGGUCUUCCGGUAAGUAGUAUGAAACUUUAUUUUGGAAAGUGUAUGAUACUCGUUUUUGAAAAGUAUAAAUAUCAAUCAAUUGAUGUAGAGUAAUUGAUUGUGAGCGAAAAUUUUCUGAGCAUGUCAGUCGUGUCAUUAUCGUUAUCGAUAUCGUGUCCGUGUCGUGCAGUCGCAAGUUGAAGGUUAAAUAAUUUUGUUUUUUCGCCUUUUUAAGAUCCACACUCCUCUAGACUCUAAUCUUGAUGGUCAUUGGGCCUGGACGCUAUUACAACACGACGCUAGUCAUCGUGAAUUCAAUCGUGCUCUGUCUACUCUGCUUCUACCUCGUCUGGGACUUUCAGAUGAUCGUGGGCGGGAAGCACAGGCGCCAUCAAUUCUCUCUCGACGACGCAUACAUCGCAGCAGUGCAGCUCUACAUUGAUAUCGUCGAGUUGUUCCUCACACUACUGGAUUUAAUCUCGAGUGCGAAGAAAUAACAUGAAGAUACGAUAUACUGGAUUGGGCAUAGUAGAAGCAGUAGUUUUGAUCCGAAGAAAGACACGAUCUACGAGACCUGGGGGAUUAUCAUCUUUUUGGAUGUCUCUAUUUGUAGACGCGUAAAAACCGUCAGAUUUCAUGACCAUGAUGAAUACUUUCUUGUAGUUGUUCGUGGGGCCUCCGCGACCUUUCGUUCUACUCCAUCACCUAAAUGCCCAUAUUUGCCGCGACAUAUCAUGGAAGGUCCACCGUCAGAAACAUUCUUCCAACAACUUGUAUUUCUUUCAAACUACAUGAACAAGCAGCAAUAGUACAUCCGAUCACAUGAGCAUACCACACAUCAUAUAAGAUUUGGACCUCUUUGAACGCAGAAGCUAGUUAGUGUUUGCUGAGCAAAUACAGCCGGGUUCGUAUAUUCUUCGUGGCUGAGGUUUAUAUCGAGUGUUAUUGUAAGUACCUUUUCUUGGCAUAAUCUUUCCCAAUGUUUGAGAAUCCCCGGAAGACAGAGUUCAGAAAUGUCAUAAACACGGAGUUGCGACCAAAAGUACGGCGGCGCGUUGCCGUAGCAGAGCUUAUUGUGGGCGGAAGUUUUAGUGAGAAUAUAAACGUCUCUAUGGAUGGAGUCAUUCAAGGCUUCUUGAUGCGCCUCCUUGCGUGUCAGAGAGCAGCGGGUUCGUAGUCAU